CCAUGGGCAAUACUUACAACGUCUCCCAGUCCGAGAACCGCGAAGAGCCACGGUGGCUCCCCCCGGGCGAAAGCCCGGCCAUCAGCUCCGUGAUGUUCACGGCCGGGGUGCUGGGGAACCUCAUUGCGCUGGCGCUCCUGGUGCGCCGCUGGCGGGGCGACUCGGGGCGCAGCGCGGGCCGCGGGAACUCCAUCUCGCUGUUCCACGUGCUGGUGACAGAGCUGGUGCUCACCGACCUGCUUGGGACCUGCCUCAUCAGCCCCGUGGUGCUGGCUUCGUAUGCGCAGAACCGGACGCUGGUGGCCCUGGGGCCAGACAGACGCGUGUGCACCUACUUUGCCUUCUCCAUGACCUUCUUCAGCCUGGCCACGAUGCUCAUGCUCUUCGCCAUGGCUCUGGAGCGCUACCUAGCCAUCGGACACCCCUACUUCUACCAGCGCCGGGUCACUCGCCGCAGUGGCCUGGCUGUGCUGCCCACGAUCUACAUAGUCUCCCUGCUGUUUUGCUCCCUGCCGCUGCUGGAACAUUGGAAGUAUGCCCAGUACAGCCCAGGGACGUGGUGCUUCAUCGGACACAAGCAGACCACGUACCUGCGGCUUUACGCCACUCUGCUGCUGUUGCUCAUCAUCGCCGUGCUCGCCUGCAACUUUAGUGUCAUCGUCAACCUCAUCCACAUGCACCGCCGGGGCAGGAGAAGCCGCUGCGGACCCUCCUUGGGCAGCAGCCACAGGAGGGCAGAAAGGGUAUCCAUGGCGGAGGAGACGGACCAUCUUAUUCUCCUGGCUAUCAUGACCAUCACUUUCGCCGUCUGCUCCUUGCCUUUCACAAUUUUUGCAUAUAUGAAUGAAAACUCUUCCCGGAAAGAAAAGUGGGACCUCCUAGCUCUUAGAUUUUUAUCAGUUAACUCAAUAAUUGACCCUUGGGUCUUUGCCAUCCUGAGACCUCCUGUUCUGAGACUAAUGCGUUCAGUCCUCUGCUGUCGGGAUUCAUUAAGAACACAAGAAGCAACACAAACUUCCUGUUCUACACAGUCAAAUGCCAGUAAACAGAUUGACCUUUGAGGAUGGUAGUUAAGAAGUGCUAGUUAACCACCAUCUGGAAGAUCAUUUUGAAAUGGUUCCUUAGAGAAAUGGAAAAAAGUUAGUUUAUAAACACAAUGACGUUACCCUAAUGAAACAGAGUAAACAAAUAUUUCAGGAGUGCUUUGGGCUACAGAUGUGCUGACCAGGCACUUCUUGGAAGGUGUCAGAAGGAUCUAUAAAACCUGCCCUCAAGAAGCAUGCUUAUGGUCUUUGGAGGAACAACCAACUGUAUUUAUGAUCCCGUGUCUUUUGAUUUAAGCUUUCUUGUUGAAUGAGAAAGCAUGUAGUUUUGUAAUUUGUUUAAAACCCUAAAUAGUUACUGUGUUUUCUAUUUUAAUCUUCUAGGCUAGUACCAUUGUAAACAUAACAAUGUACAGUCUAGCCAGAUAAAACUUAUGUAUUCUCUAGGAAGUGGAUAUGGGCAAGCAACCAAGCCUGGUGUCUUGUGAUUGCUUAUCAAGCCCUUUCUUUGGACAAUGAGUUUGAAAAUCAUAAGUACUUUGUACUGUAUGUUUGUAUAUGUGGGAGCAUGCUCUUGUCACGAUAGUAUUACUCAUAGAAGAGUAGGCUCAGUUGGUUAAUGUCAGCUUUUUCACCAUCCAUGAAAAGAUGUGUGUCAGAGUGUCAGGUUAUAUAUUUUAUAACAUCUGUCGAGCUAAUGGUAACUAAAAGGACUUUAGCAAUUUUUCUCUCAGUGAUAAAUAGUAGACUAGUAAGAGAAGUAAUUCUCAUGAAUAUUCUACUUUUUAUUUCCAGGGAAGGGUGUAUGCACCUAUGCCUUAGGCAAAUAUUAGAAUUAAAAACUGAAAAAUCUGGUCAGUUCUUCAGUUACACUGAACUCUUUUAAUGCUGAUGUUGAGGCUGUGAUUAACAUACUUUAUAGGAUGAUUGUGUUGUAGCAAAAUUCAUCUGUCUGUAUGUUUAUCUGGGAAACAUGGCUUGACUCAUGCUGUAUAGGAAAUCAUACAGUGAGUCAUAUCUUAAUAUAUUUCUAAAUCUAAAUGUUUGGCAUUGUAUAAACUCAGCAUCAAAAUAUUUCAGUGAAUUUGCACUGUUUAAUCAUAUCUUAGUUAUAGUAUAAACUCAUCUGAAAUGUUACAAAAAUAAGCUAUAAAACAAAAAAUUUGAAAAUGGAGUAGUAUGUGAUGAAUUCCCCCCAAAUAGCAAUUUAUAGUUUGUGUGGAUAUACUAAUUUUAAAAAUUAGAUAAAAGUGGAGUUUUUUAAUUUAAUUUAGCAGAUUUUUAAAGUGUGGUUGCAUUGCAAAUUAGAGUUUAAAAUAUUCAAUAUAAUACUUGAUAUUAAAGGGAAAUUUUUCCCCUUAUAGCAUGAUCUUCAAUAUAGUGGACACUUUAUUUAUUUUAUUUUAUUUUUUGCAGUGAGUGUUAUUACAACAUAGCUGUAAUAAAAACCAAAAAAGAAUAUUAGUUUUUUCAAAGUCUCAUUGAAUUGCUUACACAAAACUAUUUCCUAUAAGUAGUUAUCAGACUAGAUGAUCACUUAAGAGUGAUUCCAAACCAAUUUAGAAAUCAGUGUAUUAGGACAGAAUCUAUAUCAAAUUAUCCCUUAUUUUAAAAAGAAUAAAUGAAUGGUUUGCUUUUGUACUAAUUUAAACAAACCAGGCUAAGUUUAACUUAGCUAAAAUCUGGACGUGUAAAUAAAGCUUCCCUGUCCACCAAGAUAAGAAAUUGUUCUAAAUAAGACUAAUUAGGCUCAUGGGUAAUUCCUGAACAUAAAAUGCUAAAGUUACUCUGGAUCUGGAAGAUUGAUUUCUUUUAUCAGAUGACUUUUCUUCCUCCAAAUAAAAAUGUUACCUACAAUCAUUCACCAUACCUCAUCAUCCCCCCAAAUUUUCGAAUAAUGCCUGAGAAAUUUAAAAAGACAAAAAAGCACAAACUUGGACAUAAUAUCACUAGUGGAAACAAAAUUAUUCACUCCGUGGUCCCAAAAUAUGAGUUUAAGCCUUUAAGAACUAAUAGAUUUCCAGAGCUUUGUUUCCUAGUAUAUUCCUGUUCCUUGCACUGUGUUAAAUGAGUAAAUCCUGAAAUUUUAUUUACUUACAUAGAAGGAAUUGAAAGUUAAAAUCCUAUGUAAUAGUAAAUUACUUACUAUUAUUGGAAAUUUCAAGGUAAUAGAAAAAUUAUUUAUAUUGGACAUGUAAAUAUAUCCUUUUUAAAAAUCACAUCACAUCAGACGUACCUCUUUAAGUUCGCUGACUCAUUUUCAAGUUAAAUAAAAAACAGAAGUUGGUCUGGUAUAUCAGAAAACUGAAUUAUAAUAAAGGAAGACCUAGAUUUUAUUCUUUGUCCCCGACAGUCAGUGGAAUGAAAAGAGAGAAAAACUAUAGUGGAUAUUCAACUCAGAAUGCCACAACUGAGACCUGGACCCACUAAAUAAAUAAAUAAAUAACUGUCUUUAAAAAAAAAAACAGGAUAAAUGUUCAUGCAAAGCUGAUUCCCUUUGCUGUAUGGCAGAAACUAACACGAUACAGGGAAGCAACUCGACCUAACUUUAGGUGUCCAGAAACGGGAUGAGCUGAAUUGUUACUGGGUGCCUCUCUGUGGGGCUUCCCAGGUGGCCCUGGUGAUAAAGAACCUGCCUGCCAAUGCAGGAGAUGGGGAUUCGAUCCCCUGGAUCAGGAAGAUCCCCUGGAGGAGGACAUGGCAACCCACUUCAGUAUUCUUGCCUGGAGAAUCCCAUGGACAGAGGAGCAUCGCCAGCUACAGUCCAUAGGGUCACAAAGAGUCGUACACGUCUGAAAUAACUUGGCACGCACGCACGCACGCACGAUUCACUGUGGCCUUGGAUCAUCUUUUCCAAGAGAAAACUGGGAAAUUCUGGUACUAAAUUGUGGCCUUGAGUUUCCUAAGAUCCUAAUAAGGCCCGUGUUUUCUCAGAAACUAUAGAAAGACCUGACUCUCAGAGUGGUCUGGACCCAUGACAACCCAGAGCCAGAAACAGCAGCAACCUCUACCCGCCAUACUGGCAGAGAUUACAAGCCCUGGGCAGGUGGAGGGCAAAUCCGAGCCUCCUCACUACAUUCUCAGUGUGAUUCAGUUCAGCUCUUGGUGCCCUGGCCGGCUCUCAGCAGUACACUUUCAGAGACAGAUCGCCCUCAUGCUACUGUAAUGUCAGCUCUGCUUUGAACCAAGAAAAAAUUAACAUCUUCAAGUUCAGAAUUUGAUGACUUUGAAAGGCAGGGGAAGACCAUUAGUUCACUUUUAAGUAGAGGUUUAGUUGCUAAGUCGUGUCUGACUCUUUGGGACCCCAUGGACUGUAGCCUGCCAGGCUCCUCUGUCCAUGUGAUUCUCCAGGCAAGAAUACUGGAGUGGGUUGCCAUUUCCUUCUCCAUUACUUCCCUUAGUCAAAUCUAAUAUUUUAAGCCAAAAAUAAUGGUUUUCUGAAUUUGAGAAGAGCCCCUACUUGAAUCAUUCACAGAGAAACAGUCUUCGCAGAAAUUUAUUAUGCGUUGGCUUGCCAUGCCUGCUUAGGAUGGCCAUGAGCAGACACGACUCCUUCCUCUUUGAUUGCACAUUUAAAACAUACCUAUAGUCAUUAUACUAACAGCAUUAUCAUUGACUUUCUUUUUAAAUUUACAAAGCAUUUGAUCACCUGAAAUACACACUAUGGAAAUAAAUGUCAUUUUAGCAAUUCACAGAAGCAGUUCACACUAGCUAAAGUCUAGUGUAUACAUGGAAGAAGGCCAUGUAUUGGGCAUUAAUUUUUAUUUCAGAAAGUUACUUUUUUUCUGGUAACUUUUGUGAUUUUUAUUUGUAAGUAAAAUUUUCUUGAAUUAUAUUUUUGUAUUUCCUUAAAAUGUAUGUACUAUUAAAAGUUGAUUUGGGUGGUUUAA